AUGACAGCACGAAUUACAGCAAAAAAGAUUGAACAAGCAUUGAAAGAACGCUUAGAUGCAGUUGAAGCGAUUAUUCAAGAUGUUUCAAAUGGCUGUGGAACCUCUUUUAGAUGUAAAAUUGUUUCAGAACGAUUUGCCAAUUUGAAUAUACUUGCUCGUCAUCGCCUCGUAAAUAAUGCUUUAAAAAAUGAAAUAGAUAGUCUUCAUGCCUUUUCUCAAGAAGACUAUACACCAGAGGAAUGGAAUAAACUAAAAGAAAACAAUGUACCAAAAUGA